AUAAAUAAAUAAAAAGACGUUUAACGGCAUUCAAAAACAUUAACAUUAAAAAUUGUUUCUAAAAUUGAUUUAAUGAAGCUAUCUUCGAAGAGUUCCAGGACUCUUUCGUUUUUGUUGAUCUUAUGAUUCAUUCCUUAAGCUUAACUUUCUUACACGACAAAGAGGAAAAAAAAACAUGAUUGAAAGCAAAAAAAUACCAAUUGAAACGUUUUAAAAGCAAACUAAGAACCUUUCAAAGAAAGCAACAAAAAAAAAAUAAAAAUAAAAAUUAAAAAAAAAAAGGAAUUGUUUUCUUUCCUCAUACUUUAGUAAAUAUUCUCCGUCAAAAUUUUACCUUCAUUUUCACAAUUAAAAAUGCUCAACAUGGAAUCGCCACAAAUGUACGAUAACGUACAAACUUUGACACAAUUGGAUUUGAAAAAACAACCGCCUCCUCAGCAGGCAAUUAUUGGACAAAUCACUUUGACGGCUAUGUCGGGAAUGCCCAAUAACAAUGCGAAUCCAAAUGUCAAUAAUAGUAAUAACAAUGCCACACAAAACGGUACAGUACCAAAUCCUGCUGACACUGCUAACUCGAUAGUAUCAAAUGUUCAACAGCAACAGCAACAACAGCAGCAGCAACAGCAACAACAACAACAACAACAGCAACAACAACAGCAACAACAACAACAACAACAGAAUGGUGGUGGCGGUCUCGUGGUGAAGCAACAUGCUAUGCAUCAGAUGCAUAAUGCUGCAGCUGCUUUAAAUAAUAACAACAAUGCAUCGGCUUUGAAUGCCAACGUAAACAAUGUGAACAAUUUGUUGCAAAAGCAAAUGUUGCAGCAAUAUAGCCAAUCGGAAUUGGAUGAGUUGACGGCUCAAGAGAUCUCAUUGGAUUUGCAGCAUUUGAUAGAUGAUCAAUUUCGCGAUCAAGAAACCCUAGGUAUUUUCAGUGAUAUGGUAACGAGUCCUGGUGUACUGACAGCUACUCUACCCUCCAAUGGUAUGGUUAGUGCGGCCGCUAAAGUUUUGCAACAUCAUCAAUUGCAACAGCAGACCUUACGAACUCAACAACAUCAAUACGGACGUAAUCCAUUGGCUUACAUGCCGCAGGCAGUUCAUGCCGGCGCCUCUUACAGUACUCAUUCUAGUGAUGAAAACUCUUCAAUAGGCUCAGAUACUUCGACUAUUAAGGAGGAACCCAUAGAUCCGGAUUAUCGAAGACACCUGCACGAAACAAAUGUAGCCGCUAAUAAUGCUGCGGCUGCCUUUAUUACGAACGGAGGCACAAAUGGUCUUUAUAAUCCCUAUCAGAAUGCCAAUGGUACGGUCAAUACAAACGGUAACGUUUCACAGAAUCCAAAUAAUUUUAAUGGUCUUACCUCGGCCAAUGUUUUGGCUCAUCAUUCUGCUGUUAAUUUGCCUCAUUUGGCAGCCGGUGCUCAUCUUCUGAAACACCAUAAUAAGCAGCUGCAAAAUCAACGCAAAUCUUCGAUAAAACAUAUAGACAAAGGUACCGAAGAAUAUAGAAGACGUCGAGAACGCAAUAAUAUUGCGGUACGUAAGUCAAGAGAAAAAGCCAAAGUUCGCUCCCGAGAAGUGGAGGAACGCGUGAAAACCCUGCUUAAAGAAAAGGAAGCUUUAUUAAGGCAACUUCAAGAGAUGACCAAUGAAUUACAACUACAUAAACAAAUUUAUAUGCAAUUAAUGAAUCAUAGUAAUCCUGAAGUGAGUCGCGUUUGUCGAAGUUUUCUCAAUACUAACGACCAUGGUUUGUAAAGUGGAUAGGGCGACGUCGUAGCAGAGGAGAAAACCAAAGCAGACACACAGACUGAGUGCUGAAAUAUA